AUGGGCAUAACAAAUCAAUCUACAGUGACUGAGUUUCUUCUCUUGGGACUAACAAACCAACCAGAGCUUCAGCUGCCUCUUUACUGCCUCUUCUUAGGAAUUUAUAUGGUCACGGUGGUAGGAAAUCUUGGCAUGAUCUCAAUAAUCAGGUUGAGUUCCCAGCAGCACACUCCUAUGUACCAUUUCCUCAGUAGUUUGUCUUUCGUAGAUUUGUGCUAUUCUUCUGUUAUUACUCCCAAGUUGCUGGCAGAGCUUUUAUGCUGAGAUAAAGCCAUCUCCUAUUCUAGAUGCAUGACUCAGCUAUUUUUUUUCUGUAUUUUUGUCAUUUCUGAGUGCUACAUGUUAGCGGCAAUGGCCUAUGAUCGCUAUGUCACCAUCUGCAGCCCCUUGCUCUACAAUGUCAUCAUGUCCCCCCGAGUCUGUUCUCUGCUGGUGGCUUCCGGCUUCUCAGUAGGAUUUACCGAUGCAAUGAUUCAUGGGGGUUGUAUAUUAAGGCUGAACUUCUGUGGCUCGAACGUUAUUAAACAUUAUUUCUGUGACAUCAUCCCACUUAUUAAUCUGACUUGUUCAAGCACUUACAUUGAUGAGCUUUUGAUUUUUGUCAUUGGUGGAUUUAACAUGGUAGCCACCAGCCUGACAAUCAUCAUUUCUCAUGCUUUUAUUUCAAGCAUCCAGAGCAUGCACUCCACUAGGAGCAGGUCCAAAGCCUUCAGCACCUGCAGCUCCCACUUGACAGCCAUUCUUAUUUUUUAUGGGACUCUCAUGUCCAUGUAUCUCAAACCUGCUUCCCACAGCUCACUCACCCAGGAGAAAGUGUUCUCAGUAUUUUACACCACCGUGAUUCCCAUGUUGAAUCCCCUGAUAUACACUCUGAGGAACAAGGAAGUGAAAACUGCACUGAUAAAACUCUCAAAGAGAAAAAUAUCUUUAUAA